GUGGAUGGGGAAGACGUAAUUUGACCUUGAUAGGUCCUGAAGAUGAUGGCUAUACCGGGAUAAUGUUGAAGGGUGCGAGUCGCGGCGGGAAAACCCUGUUCAUAGUCCCUAUUCAGGAACAACUUUGCACGGAUCCUCUUGAGCUGAAUGACGAGGCAUUUGCAAACAUGCCAAAGGCCAUGUGUCAGAAAUGCAGAGUAGAUGUUCCCUUGCAUUUUUUGACUGACCACAUAAAGUCUUGUGUGGAAACAGACUUGCCCUCUGAUGUGGCUGACUGGUAUACCAUAAGCGAUGCUUCAAAGGCCAUUUCUCGCUGUGCAGACCAUUUCCUCCAAAUACAUGCAAUGGAGAACCCCUUGCUGUUGGAGAUGGACUUAAGAGACAGCCCUGCAGAAAAAGACACGGCUCUGAUUUCUUUCUAUAAGCGACAAAAUGUGCUAUGGGCACGCCCCCUUAAUUGUAGGCUUGAAGGAGAUGUUGCUGUGGGACUAGGUGUAAACCGCUUUUUCUUUUCAACCGUACUGGAAAAAUUGAAGUCAGGUUUUUCUAUAAACUUUGGAAACUCCAUUGUUACACGACUUUUCGAAGGAGAACCUGGCCACUGGGUCCCAUCAGCCUCUCACUUUCUUGUUGAAAGUGACAUGUUUUUAGUGGCUGGCAGAAUGAUAGGCCACUCUUUCCUUCAUGGAGGACCACGCCUGUCAGGACUUAGUCCUGCUGUUAUUCAUGUUCUACUUGGCGGCAGUCCAGAAACAGCAACUGUCACCCUGGAGGACUGCCCAGACCUAGACAUCAGGGAAACCAUCAGUACUCUCGAGGGAGAAUCCAGGCUCUCUGAUACUCAAAUGGAAAGAGUACAGAGCCUGGCAUAUUCAUGGGACCUUCCUUGCCCAUCAGAGAACAAUAGGAAGUGGCUUUUUGAGAAGCUGUUACUCCAUGCAGUUCUUGGACGCAUUGCAAGACAAAUAAAGCAACUUAGACGAGGUUUGAAAGAAACCCCAAUAUGGUCCCUGGUAACUCGGCGACCUGAUGCUGUACCCCUGCUUUUUCCAAGGGAGGAAGCGUCCCUGUGUCCAGAGGUGGUACUUCAGCAUAUCACUUGGCCAGAAAUGGAUGAUGAAAGUGAUGAAGAUGAUGACUGCUCAAAGGAAACCAGAUGCCGCAUUUCAGGAUAUCUGAAACAGUUCAUUGCAAAUGCCACACCACCUGAACUGAAAGAGUUGAUGAAAUUCUGGACCGGUUGGGAAAAUCUGCCAUCAAGUCUGUCGGUGGAGAUUGUUCAUGGGAACUACCCAACAGCUGCCACAUGCUUCGAAACACUAAGACUUCCCUGUCAUUACAAGAAUUACAAGUCAUUCAGUGAGGACUUCUUAGCAUGCAUUUCCUCUACACAAUCUGGAUUUGGCUUGCUC